GACAAUCAGUAUGAAUUGAUCUGUGAGUGUUGGAAACAAAAUCCUAUUGAAAGGAUAACAAUCGAAACAAUAAUUCAAAAACUUGAAAUAUUAAAAGAUAAUUAA